AUGGCACAGACGGGCCGCGCAUCACCUGUCCUCAACGGGGCGCGCUGCCACCAAGAACCACCUCCCUGUGCCGCACAGGGCCGUGGCGGGCAGAACUUGGCAGACAACUACGUUCUUUGUACCCCCCCCGAGUGGCUGCUGGCCGCGCAGCUGGUGCAGCCCGAGGAGAAGGAGCGCAUCGGCCAGUUUGUCUUUGCCCGCGAUGCCAAAGCCGCCUUGGCUGGUCGCCUGCUGAUGAGGAAAUUAAUUGCAGAAGAGCUGUGCAUACCUUGGAAUGAAGUACACUUGCAAAGGACACCAAAAGGAAAACCUUUCCUGGCCAAUAACUUACUCGGUAUCCAUUCAAAUUACAACUUCAAUGUCUCUCAUCAGGGAGACUAUGCAGUCCUUGCAGCUGAGCCUGAGCUUCAAGUUGGCAUUGAUAUUAUGAAGACUGAUUUACCAGGUAGUAGCUCAAUUCCAAAUUUCUUUCACAUAAUGAAGCGACAGUUUACUGAAACGGAGUGGGAUGUAAUCAAGUCUAUGAGUAACGAAUGGAGGCAGCUGGAUAUGUUUUAUCGGCACUGGGCCUUAAAAGAAAGCUUCUUAAAAGCCAUUGGAGUUGGAAUUGGCUUCAACUUGCAAAGAAUUGAAUUUAAUGUGUCUCCAUUGCAACUGGAAAUAGGGAAGGUGUAUAAGGAGACAAAAAUGCUUCUGGAUGGAGAAAAAGAAGAGGAGUGGACAUUUGAGGAAACCCGCUUGGAUGACCAUCAUCAUGUUGCAGUGGCACUUGGGAAGCAGGAGGGAUCUGUACAGAAGGAUUCUGAUGUCCAUUCCAUGGAGCCUAACCAACCUCAGUUUACAUUAUUGACUUUUGAAGAUUUAGUUGCAUCUGGUAUUCCAGUCGCACCUGAGGAUUCUGCAUAUUGGGACAAUUUCUGUUCAAAGCAGGAGAGUCCAGUGAAACAGAGUUCACAUUCAAGAUAAGACUGUGUAUAAGAAAAGGAAACUUACCAAAGUUCUUACCCUGUUAUUCUGUUUAAUUUGAAAUAUGGGAAUAAGUGCAUAUAUGUAAAUGAAACAGAUCUUUCCCUGUUUAAGCUGACAACCUGAUUUUCAUGACACUUCAUGGGAAUUUUAAGGAAGACAUGAUUCCUUACUGAAGGAAUUCUGAAUGAAAAGCCUAAACCAACAUGCCUUUUUGCAUCUCCUUGCCUGUGGUUCUUACACUUGAGUAAUUAUCCAGGCUAGGAACAGAAAGCAGUUGUAUAAUAAUGUUGCUCAUUAGUGAACAAGUGUUUAGUAUAUAAAAAUGUGUUUCCAUGCUUAUUUAUGUUGAAACUUAAAUUAUGAUACUGCUUUUUCUCUUACAAAAAUUAUUCAUUUGUUCUCAGAUGGACAAAGUCAGGAAAAUUGGUACGAAUUCUUAUGCUGUUACUGUGAGGUGCAAGUGUUUGUGUAACAUUUGGUGAUGUACACCAAGGCUGAAAAGGUCUGAGCCUUAGUAGUCUUGGAGCUACAUAUGUGCAAAAAUAGUUUGAGACAGGGAAUUAACUUAAAAAUAUUUCAUAGUCGUUUCACUUCUUUCCUUUGUUAAUUAUAGCUACCUGUACACAACUUAGUAUUUUUCUUUUAACAGUUCUUUUUCAUAUUUUGUCCCUCAGCAAUACAUGCAAGCUGAGCAGCAGUUCAGUUUUCCUAGGCGUGCGUUUGCAUCAGUCAGGGGGGAAACCCAAAGAAAAAAAAACUAUUUACUUUUUUCCAAAUUGUCUUGUAACACCUGAUAACAGAACCUUUUACCAUCCUAACACCAAAUGAAGGUUUCUGGAGAUCUGUAUAUUUUGAGUGCACAUCUAGAAUAUUUUGUCUUAUUUUUCAAAACUGUCCUGGUUUGAAGGACAGGUAUCUACCAAUAAAGGCAGAAGCUUCUCUU